AAAAUGUACCUAUCGAAAAAUAAAAAUAAUAAAUAAUAAUAACAGAGAAUGCUGAAGAUUAGACCGUACCUCUCUGUCCCCCGCGUUCCCAUCGCAGUCAGAAAGCAACGUCCUAGCAUACGCCGAUGGCCGCCGGCGGUGGCGGCCGGGCGGCCGAUUCCGCCAAGGCGAUCAUGCCCAGACCCGCCACCAGCAGCAAACCGAAGGGCAAGAAACGCAGAGCCAAGAAAUCCUCCAUGCACCUGACCCCGGAGCUCGUCUCCCUCAUCUCCGCCGCCACCUCCGCCGCCCAUUCUUUCCUCCUUCACCACGACCUCCAACUCCUCCCUGCCCAGACCCUCACCUUAGAAUCCCAACUCCACUCGCUCUCCGCUCUCCUCUCCUCCCUCCAAGCUUCCGCUUCCAGUCCCAAGAUCGCCCCUUUAUCUUCGCCACCAGCGCUCCUGCCACCUCCGCCGCAGCUCCAUAACUGCUGGUUCCACCGUUUCCUCUCCACCGCCACAGAUUAUGAUCCCCGGUGGGGCAGCUUCUUCCGCAUGUCGAAGCCAUCAUUCUCCCUCCUCCUAAACCUCCUCUACCCUGCUCUUCAGUCCAUUGCCCCUUCAAUCCACCCCCUCUACGCCCUCGGCGCUGCCCUCUACCGUCUUGCCCAUGCAGUCCCUUACCAGGCUGUGGCCCGCCAGUUCGGCUUCCACUCCUCAGCCGACGCCUGCCGCUCGUUCUUUGCAGUGCUUAAAGCUCUGAACGAUAAAUUAGGCAACUUGUUAGAGCUUUACUCCGAUAUGGAUGGAGUCAUAGUCGGGUUCACGCGGGCUUCUUUGCCCAAUUGCUGUGGGGUCUUAGGUUUCGGCAAAUUCUUAGUUGAUGGGGAUGCAUUGGGGCGAAAUGGGUCUCUGUUAGUCCAAGCAUUGGUCGACUCCGAAGGAAGAUUCUUGGAUCUUUCUGCAGGGUGGCCGGGUACAUUAAAACCCAGUUCUAUCUUGCGAAAAACUAGGCUGUUUUCGGCCAUCGAGGAAUCGAGGGAGCUGUUGAAUGGGCCAAGCUUCGAGCUCAGUGAUGGCCAGUCGAUCCCCCAAUACUUAUUGGGCGAUGCUUGCUACCCGCUUCUCCCAUGGCUUGUAACUCCUUACAGCAAUCAGUUGAACAAAGAAGAGAGCUCCAGCUCGAGAGAGAGGGAAUUCAACUCAGUUCAUUCCCGAGCAAUGGGAUCGCUGCGCUUGGCAUUCUCAAGACUUCGGGCUAAGUGGCAGCUCCUCUCAAGGCCAUGGAAGGAGGAAUGCAUUGAGUUCUUCCCUUUCGCUAUAUUUGCAGGGUGUUUGCUGCAUAAUUUUCUGAUCAAGUGUGGGGAGUCAUUUUCGGAUGAAAACCCGGGAAGCUCCUUGAUGGAGCUUCCAGUUUAUGAAGGGGAGGAGUCCGAGAAUGGGAAGAUGAUUAGGGAUGCUCUCGCUGGGCACUUAGCUCGGGUAAGCCUCAGAAGAUAGGAUCUUUCAACUAUAAUCAAGAGUUGUAUAUAAUCUUGCUCUAGUGUCGGUAUGAUCGUAUUUUCGAAAACGUAAAUUCUGCACCCCUCAUACGAGGGGCCACGACUGCCAGUUACCUCUGUGGAGGAGACCUUGAGGCUAAUGGUGGACAGGACAGUUAUCUUUCAUCAAACACCGACCCUAUGAUUCACGCUUUCAUGAUGCCAGUGACCCUUUGGUUCACGUUAUCAUGAAGCCAGUGACUGAGGGUGGUCAUACCGAGCUUUGGAUCCUCAAAGGAUGGACAGUACUCGGUUAUCGCAGGAACUUGAUGGGUUGAUGCCUAGAGAUUACAUAUAAUAUAUGGUCCUCAGGUAUUGGAAACUCUUAUUACUGACUGUAGGCAGCUUAGCAGGACAUUCCCAGUUUUGAUAUUGAUCGAGAAGCCGACUCAAGUGGUGAUUCACUGGCAGGCAAAGAACAACAGUACUCUUAGACUCACUGCCGCAAUUCCAAGUGCUUCUUCGAUAGAAUUAGCCCCUUUUGAUUAAUCUUUUCCUAGGAUGUAGCAGACUUAAUCAUGGCUCGGUUGUAUUGCCCUUGGGCUUCUCGUACUGGUUCUCUUGGUAAUUAAUAAAACUUCCAAUGGAAUAGCGACCUCCACCAUAUUUACAUGGCAA